AUGCUUCCAUCAGCGCUAACAUUGCCAAACACCACCUACUUCAUUUUGCCGGGGGAUGUUCGUUUUGCUGCCGGAGUGCAAUCCCGCAGGGCACAACGACUCCCGAGCCCGGACUCGGUGGAGAUUCUGCAGUUGACGCAAGCGCUUUUGUCCGUCAAGAAGAUGCCCCAAGACAUCUCGAAGCUGUGCCAGGGCGACAUAAUGAAAGGCAAGUGGAAGCUGGACUUCUCGACGGAGGAACGCUAUAAGUUCCUGCCGCCCACAAGCGACGUCUACAACUACAUCUACGACGGGGCCGGCGGGGGGCGGCUCGACAACGUCCUCCGCUUCUACAAGUCUUGGGCCGUGAAGAGCGUACGUGCGGUCACUAAUUAUAACAUGGAUGAUCGAGGCAAGAUCUCGUUUGAGUUCGACAGGAUCGAGGCCGACCUAUUCGGGUUCAAAGUUCCGCUGCCAAAUUUCAACGCCGACGCCGGCUUCGUCGAAGUACAGUACUUUGACGGAGACUUGUGGAUCGAAGCGUUCGAGGCCGACACGACCAUGACCGAGAGCGGGAAGACGACCGUGGUCAACAUCUACAGACGAAUAGGCGACGCCACGGAGGAAGACAAGGUUCGCGUGCCGGAAAGAACGGGGGAGCAGCGCCAGCCCCGACGGUAG